AUGAACUUUACACUCAUUUGUGGUAAAUUGAAUGGAAUGAGUCUGGCAGGCUUAGCGCUAACCGUUAUAAUCCUAAUAGUUUCGUCAUUAUAUCUAAUUAUAUAUGCAUUUUCACACAACCCUAGAGCAGCAUUACCGGAAGAGGAUACAUUUAUCGUCAGUAUUGAUUCCAAUGGUCAUGAGGUUAAACAAGAUGUUACAAAAGUAACGAAAGACAAUAUCGAUAGCACCGGAGAUGUACUAUUAUCUGUUGUAGUCCCAAGUUACAACGAAACUAAGAGAAUAGAAACAAUGCUAACAGAAGCAGUUGAGCAUUUGCAGAAAAGUUUUCCAAACCAAUGGGAGAUUAUUAUCGUUGAUGAUGGUUCAAGUGACGGCACAACCAAAUUUUGUUUAGAUUUGUCUAAGGAAAAAUUCAACCUCAAAAACAACGAGUUGAAAGUCAUAAAGUUAGCUAAGAACAGAGGUAAAGGUGGUGCAGUGAGACAUGGUUUAUUACGUAUUCAAGGCAAAUACGGUUUAUUUGCCGAUGCUGACGGUGCAAGUAAGUUCAGUGACGCUUCUAAACUGAUUGAGAGCAUUCAAGAACAAGAAACCCAAGACAUUAAAGAUAACUCACCCAAAGCGGCUAUUGCGAUCGGAUCUCGUGCACACAUGGUUAACACAGAAGCUGUUGUGAAGAGAUCAUUUUUGAGGAACACAUUGAUGUACGGGUUCCAUGCAUUGGUGUAUCUGUUCGGGAUCAGAUCUAUCAAGGACACGCAAUGCGGGUUCAAACUGUUCAACCGACAGUCUAUCCAUGAGAUAUUGCCGUAUUUGCACACCGAGGGCUGGAUUUUCGAUGUCGAGAUCUUGAUGCUGGGGAUAAGAAAGGGGAUUUCAAUUGUCGAGGUUCCCGUGUCCUGGCACGAAGUUGAUGGAUCGAAAGUUGAUUUGGCAAGAGACAGUAUUAAUAUGGCUAUUGACUUAGUCGUUAUCAGAAUGGCAUAUUUACUUGGUGUAUAUAAUGAUUCAAAAGAAUGUUAG